UAGCACACAUACACAGAUACACAGAUAGAUACACACACACACACACACACCCGGCUCCCUCUACAGCUGCUGUAAAACACAUCAUCACGCACUUCGCACAUUCAACUGUGUAAACCCGCAUUGACACAGGCUUCGGGUUGCCUUAAUUUGGGGUUUGUCGGCACAGAUCAGAGGGAAGAUGAUUAAACUUUUCUCGCUGAAACAGCAGAAGAAGGACGAGGAGUCUGCCGGGGGAACGCGAGCGGGAGUCGGCGGAAAGAAAGCGAGCGCGGCCCAGCUACGGAUACAGAAGGACAUCAACGAGCUGAACCUUCCUAAGACAUGUGAGAUAGUUUUCCCGGACCAGGAUGACCUGCUCAACUUUAAACUCAUCAUCUCACCAGAUGAGGGGUUCUACAAAGGAGGAAAGUUUGUGUUCAGUUUUAAGGUAGGACAGGGGUACCCUCACGACCCUCCAAAAGUCAAAUGUGAAACAAUGGUUUAUCACCCCAACAUUGACCUUGAAGGAAAUGUCUGUCUAAAUAUUUUAAGAGAAGACUGGAAGCCAGUGUUGACUAUAAACUCCAUCAUAUAUGGACUACAGUAUCUGUUCCUUGAGCCAAAUCCCGAAGAUCCAUUGAACAAAGAGGCGGCAGAAGUCCUGCAGACGAACCGGCGGCUUUUUGAACAGAACGUUCAGAGAUCACUGAGAGGAGGCUACGUGGGUGCCACCUACUUUGAACGCUGUCUGAAAUAGUCCCAAGUCUACUGGCCCUUACAUCCCAGAAUGCAUUUAUUGUUUACAUGCGCUGAGAAAUACUGACUGACACACUGACCGAAGAGAAGCAGGGGGAGGGGUUUCUCAUGGGGACGGACUCAGCGCCAUGUGGGUUAUAAAGGAGUAGGCUUUGAAAGGCUGGUCAGUGAUUGUUGCUCAGAGAAUUCAGUCGUAUUUGCCACUAUGCUGGUACCCACUGUUGUUUUUUUGUUUUGUUUGUUUUUUUCAUCGUUUUUUUUUUUUUGCCGGGCUUCACAUGCUAACUUAUCCUCCCACUUACAGACAUGAACCGAGAGAGUCAUAUUCAGAUCAUUUACACUUCUCUUGUAUUCCAUUAUGAAGGCAUGAGGACUGGUUUUGUUUGGGCUACAGUAACGGGAAACCUGCCUUGCAUUGCACAUAUUCAGCUGCGUUAAAUAGUCACUAAUUUAGGUUUUUGGAGAAAAAAAAAAACUUGUAUAGUAUCGCAUUCGACCAAUUCAGAAAACGCUGACCGAUUGACACGACAGACUUACGGACUGCCUCAAUUCAGAUUGAUGGGAUUCGUAUGCAAAUGAGCGGUUGUGAAGUUGGGAGACCUUGAUAUGUUUUACCAGUUUUCAUGGUUGGGAUUGGGUGGGAUUUUCAUGAAGAGGGAUGGCGCGGGUUUAGGAAUGGUUGCAUAAAAUGUUACAGUUCUGUUGUGUAUAUUGAAAUCCCAGCUGUUCACAAUGACUGCAAUAUGAAUUGUUAAAUAAAAUAUUGACUUAAAUGCCUGCAUUUUAAGAUGAGUGUAAACGACGAAAGCAGAUGUGUUUAAAAUCAAUAAAAUGUUUUAUCUGACUUAAUCAGUUCAAGAAUAUUUCGCUACAUAAAACCUAUUGUAUUAAGAAAAUUGAAGCCAGGUAUUAUCUGAAAUUGGUAGUUAUUUAUGGCCAUUUGUCUAUGAAAACUUUGCUUUCAGGUGUUGCUGAACUUUCACAGAAUCACAUUUUCCCCCAAGAACCAUUAUCGCAACCCAAAUAAUUACCACAAUUUUAAGACUGAACCUAGGUUUUAACUAAAUUAAUCAUUCAAACACCAGCCUCAAAGCACUAGUUGGUAACACUUUGCGUUAACGUUGUUUUGUUGACAUGCAAAAGCUAACAUAAACUACCAUUAAACAAUACUUCUACAGCAUUUAUUAAUCUUUGUUUAUGUUCAUUUAAAUCAAAAGUUGUAAUUGUUAAGAUUAGUUAAAGGGAUAGUUCACAAAAAAAGAAAAUUAAUUUAAUCAUUCUUAUGUUGUUACAAACCUGCCUUAUUUUAUUUUUAUUUUUUUCGAUUAACACGAAGGAAGAUAUUUUGAGGAACGUUUGUAACCAAACUAUUCAUGAGCCCCAUUCACUUCCAUAGUAUUCUUUUUUCGACUAUGGAAGUGAAUAGGUCUCAUUAUCGGUUUAGGUAACAACAUGAGUUUUGAGUAAACUAUCCCUUUAAUGCCCAAUGAACUAACAUGAACAAAUGUAUUAGCAUUAACAAAGAUUAAUAAAUGCGGAAAACAUAAACUGAUCAUUGAUGGUUCAUAUUAGCUAAUGCAUUUACUAAUGUUAGCAGAUACAACCUUAUUGUAAAGGUUUACCAAAAAUGCUGUCACUCUGUGGAGUUUCUAUACUUAUAAUUUGAGAAGAUAAAUGAGUAGAUGUUUGUAGUAUCACUCGGU